AUGGCGAUGCCCCCGGCCGCCGCGCCCCCCGCCGGCGCCCGGGAGCCGCCGGGGCCCCGCGCUGCCGACCCUGCCGCCGCGCCGCCGAUCGGCCUGCAGCAGCUGUCGGCGCUGCGGCCCGAGCCGGGCGGGGUCCCGCUGCACUCGCCCUGGACCUUCUGGCUCGACAGAUCCCUCCCUGGUGCCACAGCGGCCGAGUGCGCAUCAAAUCUGAAGAAAAUCUACACAGUACAAACAGUACAGAUAUUCUGGAGUGUGUACAAUAAUAUUCCUCCUGUGACUAGCCUGCCUUUGAGAUGCAGUUAUCAUUUAAUGAGAGGAGAGAGGCGACCACUCUGGGAAGAGGAGAGUAAUGCUAAGGGUGGUGUGUGGAAGAUGAAAGUCCCCAAGGACAGCACGUCCACAGUUUGGAAAGAGUUGUUGUUAGCGACUAUCGGGGAACAGUUCACAGAUUGUGCCGCCGCAGAUGAUGAAGUAAUAGGAGUUAGUGUCAGCGUCCGGGACCGAGAAGAUGUCGUCCAAGUCUGGAAUGUAAAUGCCGCAUUAGUCGGUGAAGCCACCGUUUUAGAAAAGAUCUAUGAACUCCUGCCCCACAUAUCUUUUAAAGCCGUAUUUUAUAAACCCCAUGAAGAGCAUCAUGCUUUUGAAGGUGGACGUGGAAAACACUAA